AUGACUAGUGCAAUGAUCGUCAACUUUUUCCACACAGCCAUGUGGCAUACUGUGACAAACCACUGGACUCCCGAAGUCUCCCAUGUCUCAUCGCGAAGUAUACGAACGGCGUCCUCCCACAGAAAGAACCUCCCUCCUGGUCCUACUCCGAUCCCUUUUCUUGGAAAUGUAUUUGAUAUCAAGGCAGACGCACCUUGGGUUUCAUACGCCACGAUGCAGAAAACUUAUGGCGAUACCAUAUAUACCCGCGCCCUGAACAUGAAGAUUAUUGUUUUAAAUUCCGAGGAAGUCGCCGACGAAUUGCUUGAAAAACGAUCUCGGGUGUACUCUGACCGACCAUACAUAGUCACGAGCGACCUUUUCGGCUGGGAAUGGGCAACGCCGAUAGCAAGAUACGGUGAAAGGUUCAGAAUCCAUAGGCGUCUUUACCAUCAAGUCUUUCGAUCUGAGGCAGCUUUAACUUACUGUCGAAGGCAAUUACAGAAAGCAUAUGAAAUGCUCACACUCAUUCUUCACGAUCCUGCGCAUUAUGGUGGCCACUUCGAAGUGUUUGUAGCAUCAGUUGUAUUGUCAGUUACAUACGACUAUGAUAUUGCAUCACAUGAUGACGUCGUCCUCAAUGCAGCGAAACGUGCGAAAAAAGCCGCUUUGUUUGGUGCAUUUCCGCUUUUGAAGAAGUUGCCUUCCUGGAUCCCAGGCCUAGGUCUAAAAGACGCGAAUCUAUCGAGGCAGUAUGUCAAGGAUAUGCUGGACUUCCCAUACAACCACGCAAAUGGAUCUGCGCAGGCAUCCAUGGUCUCUGACGCGCUGGAACGAUAUCAUAUAUCAGAAGACACGGACAACCCGGAGAUGGUGACAGAGAUCAAAGCCUCGGCCGCCACUGCUUAUGCUGGUGGGUGCAGUCAAUAUCCUGUUACUACUGCCGCAUCUCUGCUCACAUUCACCCUAGCGAUGAUGAACAACCCAAAAGUUCAAGAACGCGCCCAGGCAGAGAUUGACAAGGUCGUCGGUCUUGAUCGUCUCCCCAAUUUUGAUGACCUCCCAGCACUCCCGUACAAUCCUUUUACACCGCUAGCUGUUCCUCAUUCUAAUACAGAAGACGACUUCUACAGAGGUUAUUUCAUCCCAAAAGGUGCCCAGCUGAGCGCUGCCAAACCGCUUUUUGGCACUUUGAACGAUGAUACAGUCCCAUGCGUAUUUGGCUUUGGCCGCAGGCGCCAUCCUGGCAGGCACGUUGGGGAUGCAUCGCUUUGGUCCGCAAUUGCAUGCAUAUUAGGCCACUUUCACGAUCAAGAAACCUAUCGGGCAAAAACCAACAGUUAA